AUGGAUACUACUAAUACUGAGAAGAAGAAAAAAAGAAGAAUCGUGAUUAAAGUCGGCACGUCUUCUUUAAUCAAAGCGGAUACUGGAGUCAUUCAUCUCUCGCAACUGGCGAAAAUAUGCGAGCAGAUAACCGAAUUGCAGAAAUCGAGCGAGUUCCAAUGCGCGAUCGUGACCUCGGGAGCAGUCGGCGCGGGGAUGCUCCAGCUCGGCAUCAAAGAAAAACCGAAAGAGUUACAAAAACGACAGGCGUUAGCGGCAAUCGGUCAGGCGCAUUUGAUGCAUUAUUACGAAGACAUGUUUGCCACUCUGGGAGUGAAAACCGCGCAAGUGUUAUUGACGUUGGAAAAUCUAUCGCAGAAAUCGCAAUAUAACAGAGCGAUGAAUACGUUCUCCUCCUUAUUCGAUUACGACGUGGUGCCAAUCGUGAAUGAGAACGAUACCGUCGCGGUCGAGGAGUUACGAUUUGGCGAUAACGAUACGUUAUCCGCGCACGUCGCUUCCUUGAUAUCUGCCGAGUAUUUGUUUUUAUUCACAGACGUGGACGGUUUAUACACCUCGAAUCCGAUGAAAGAUCCGAACGCGAAACGAAUUCAGGUGGUGGAUGAUAUAAACAAGUUGAUGAGUGAAGUGGACGUGGCCAGCGGCGCUGGAUCCGCGGGUGGGACCGGCGGGAUGGUGACUAAACUUACAGCCGCGAGAAUCGCGAGCGCAGCCGGGUGCAAAACAGUCAUCGGGAAAAGCACAGACAUGGAAAAGAUUGUCGAGUGUGCAUUAGGUUUAAACGGAGGAAAAGGAGGAGGAGAAGUGACCCCUUCUCUUAACAGUAAAGAAUACACGUUAUUUUUAGCCGCCGCGGAUGCCGCUAAAGGCAAGAAACGAUGGAUGCUUUCCGUGCCGGUGAAGGAUCGCGUGAGAGUGAACAAAGAAGGUGAGGAGGAUAUAAAAUCAGGAGAACCGCUGUUGGUGAAAAACGUCUUAAUAAGUGAUAGCAAUGGUACUAAGAGUAGCAGCAACAGCUAUAAAGUUCAAGAUUGCAUAAUCGUCGAGGAUGAAGAAGGGAGAGAAAUCGCGAGAGCGAUUGUAAAUUACAGCGCGGAGGAUUUGGCCCAUCAUAAUUUACGUGUUUCAGACGCCGAGGAAGAGUUUGUGCAUUCGAGCAACUUGUGCGUCACGCAUUUCAACGAAGAGUAUAGAUCAGUCUCCAGAAACAAUUGA